AGGAAAAGGAACAGAUUGUGUGGAACAGAUUUAUGUCCACAAUCCACAAUCCGCAAUCCACAGUCCCCCCAGUCAAGGAUCUUGAUUCGGCUUGGCCUGUGAGCUCAUGCGCCCACACCUUAGGGACCUGUUGGACUGCAUUAUCUGGCAACAUAAUGAAUUAGUACAUCUCUCUAGUUCUCUAACCGCUCUAUAGUUAAAGGUAGUUAACGGAAAAAACACAAUUCAACCAAUCUUUCUUUCUAUAAUUCGACCCCUUGCCAACAUUCCUAGCUGGCCUAGAGAGCUCAAUGCCAGCUGGCAUCUAAGCCAAUCUCACUUUAGAAUCCCCCUUUUUCUUCAUAUCUUGACAAUACCGAUCUUAAACUUGGGCAAGACCACCCCUCUACGUGGUCACAACAAUUACAAAUAUGGUCAGGCUGCGCGAGAUCUCGCGUACUGCGGCCUUCGCUUGGUCGCCUGGUACUUCGAAGCCGUUAAUUGUCACCGGAACUCGAGCUGGAGCUGUCGACGCCGACUUCUCCGACGAGACACAGCUAGAGUUGUGGGAUCUAAGCCUAGACAACCAAGAACAAGGACUUGAGCUCCAACCCAUUGCGAGCAUAGCGGCAGACUCGAGGUUCUACGAUAUUGCUUGGGGUCAGCCUUCCGAAGACUACCCACAGGGCAUUAUUGCCGGCGCUCUCGAAAACGGUUCACUCGAUCUCUGGGACGCCGACAAGCUAAUUAAAGGCGAGUCCGACGCGUUAAUAUCACGAACAACAAAACAUACUGGGCCCAUUAAGUCCUUACAAUUUAACCCUUUGAGGCCCCAAAUCUUAGCCACCGCUGGCGCGAAGGGAGAAUUAUUCAUCUACGAUGUUCACGACCCUGAAAAUGCCUUCCGACUGGGUACUUCUGCAGCUCGUUCGGACGACCUGGGAUGCGUGGCAUGGAAUAGGAAAGUAGCUCACAUUCUUGCUACUGGAGGAACUGGUGGUUUCGUUACUGUUUGGGAUUUGAAGACGAAGAAGGCCUCCUUAACGCUUAACAAUAACCGAAAGCCUGUUAGUUCCAUUGCGUGGGACCCCAACAAUUCUACUAAGCUAUUGACUGCUACACCUGAUGAUACUACUCCUGUCAUGUUAUUAUGGGACCUGCGAAACUCCAAUGCACCGGAGCGAACGCUUCAAGGGCAUGAACAGGGUGUGCUUUCGGUGUCUUGGUGCGAGCAAGACGGUGAUAUCCUAAUUUCGUCCGGCAAGGACAACAGGACGCUUGUUUGGAAUCCCCAGACAGGCGAGCGUUACGGAGAAUUCCCCGAAGUGACCAACUGGACCUUCUUGACCCGAUUCCACCCUCACAAUCCCAGUAUAUCGGCAACUGCGUCUUUCGAUGGGAAGAUUACUAUUCAGACUCUCCAAAAUACAAACCCCUCGGCUGUACAGAGCACAACUCAGAACAGCUUAGAUGGUGAAGACUUUUUCACCCAGGCCCAGAAGCAGCCCCAGGGCGCAGCAUUCUCCUUAGCAAAGGCACCGAAGUGGCUUGAAAGGCCCGUUGGUGUUUCAUUUGGAUUUGGUGGAAAAGUCGUCGUCUUCAAGGCGAAUCCCCACCAACCCGGCCACAAGGGCUCUUCGAAGAUUGAGAUUUCUCACUUUUCUAUAGAUUCAAACAUCGGUAGUGCUACCGAGAAGUUCGAAGAGUCUCUAAAAACCGGCGACAUUAAGGCUAUAUGCGAAUCACACAUCGAGCAAGCCCAGACGGAAGAAGAGAAAGCCGACUGGCGCGUCUUGGAAACUUUGCUUACUGAAAACCCGCGAAAACAAAUUGUCGACUUUCUUGGAUUUAAUGAGGAAGAAGCAAACGAUGAAUCACCUAAUGGUGUGGCUGAAGACGCUUCCGAGACCAAGGAGCCCGAGCCAGAGAAAUCUAAGCGAGGAGUAAAGACGCACAAGAAACGUAUUUCGACUUUCUUCUCCGACGGAGGUGAAGGUGAAAGUGAGGAUUUCCUAGCGAGUCUGUCGGCUACUAAAGGUGCUAAAACGGACAACCCUUUCCAUCUGUUUGGUGAAGGUGAUUCAGCUGUUGAGAAGCAGAUUACGAAGGCCUUGAUGUUAGGACAAUUUGAGAAGGCAACCGAAAUCUCUCUGAAGGAUGGACGCAUUGCGGAUGCAUUCAUCAUUGCCAACUGUGGUGGAAAGGAGCUUGUCGACAAGGUUCAGUCAACUUAUUUGUCCCAAAAGACUGGCAUUCCAAGCUACUUAAGACUCUUGGGUUCUGUUAUUGUUAAGAACCUAUGGGAUGUAGUUUAUAAUGCCGAUUUGGCCGACUGGAAGGAGACUAUGGUGACGCUCUGCACAUUUGCGGACCCAACCGAGUUUCCCGAUUUAUGCGAAGCAUUGGGAGAUCGUAUCCUUGAAUCUGGUUCUCGGAAGGACGCCUCCUUCUGUUACCUGGUGGGUUCUAAGCUUGAGAAGGUCAUCGAUAUCUGGGUUGCCGAGCUGGAAGAAGCCGAGAAAGCUGGACUCGCCGAGGCUAAUGAUUCUACUUUCUCCAUCCACGCAAGGUCUCUCCAGCAUUUCAUUGAGAAGGUCACGGUAUUCCGUCAAGUAACAAAGUUUCAAGAUACUGAGACUGGCCUUACUUCUGGUUGGAAACUAUCUUCGCUUUACGACAAAUAUAUCGAGUACGCGGACAUCGUUGCUGCUCACGGCCAACUAGAAAUUGCACAAAAGUACCUGAGCCUUCUGCCAUCUAAGUAUGACGACGCCGAUAUGGCCCGCGAGCGUGUGCAACUAGCAACACAAAAAGUAGCACCCCAGCCUACUACCAGACAACAACCAGUCCAGAAACCCGCGGUAGCUACCCGUGUAUCUUCUCGAGCAGCAUCUGUAGCUGCAGGAUAUCAACCACCCCAACCAGCUUCUGGUAUCAGUCCUGCCAAUCCUUACGCGCCCUCGACUAUCCAGACUCCCGCAACAAAUCCUUAUGCUCCACCAAUUGCUAGCAACCCCUACACCCCGCAAGGAUAUCAACCCUCACAGCCUCAGUUGGUUCAAGCGCCUCAGCACCAAGGAUACGGUCCUCCGCCCACGUCUUUCGGGGCUCCCCCAAGGACGUCGACCGCAUCAACCAAACCCCCUCCAAGAAAUGCGGAUGUAGGGAACUGGAACGAUGUCCCCUUAGUAACUAAAGCACCUCCGCGAAGAAACACGCCGAGCGCCGCUCCUAUCACAUCACCAUUUCCUAAUCAAGCGAACCAGGCAGUACCUCCGCCACCACAGAGUCCGUAUGGUUCUCAACACGGAAUAGCGACACCGCCUCCUCCUCCUCCUAAAGGUCCGGCUGGAAGGAUAACAUCUCCCCUUGGGGGUCCUCCCCAAGUUGGUCAAUUACCGCCUCCCCCUCGGCCUGGGUCAACGGCGGCGCAAACCUACGCACCACCUCCCCCAGCACAGACACAGGGACCCGGUAUCCCUCCACCCCCAACGGGUCAUAUCGUUCCUAGAAUGUCCUCACCCUACAACCCGCCACCGGCGGGAGCUCCGCCCACAAGCCGAUACGCCCCAGCACCGACACCUCAGCCUCUCGGUACUCCUUCCCAGCCAGGUGUCAUGGCUCCCCCACCCCAUGCUGGUCGAGCACCGCCACCAAAUCCCUAUGCACCACCUCCCCAGGCAGCGCCUCCUCACAAUCAAUAUGGCCAAUCCCCGUAUGGUGCCCCACCCGUACAGCAAGGACCACCUCCCACCGGCCCUCCGUCGAGUGUCGGUCCGCCACCGGCUGCAACUUCACCUGCACCCUCUGCGCAGGCCGCGGCACCACCGAAGCCCCGGCACCCCCCAGGUGAUCGCUCUCAUAUCCCCCCUAACGCCCAACAGUUAGUCGAUAUCCUGAGUCGCGACAUGCAACGAGUAUCCGCUCAGGCGCCCGCCUCGUUUUCUGCCCAGGUAAAAGAUACACAGAAACGGUUAGGUCUACUUUUUGAUCAUCUCAAUAACGAGGAGCUCGUGAAGACGGACACCAUCGAACAAUUAACCCAGUUAGCUCAUGCAUUGGAGUCCAAGAAUUACCCCGAGGCCCAACGCUUGCAGGUGGAAAUUCAAACAGGCAAGACAGAAGAAUGCGGUAACUGGAUGGUCGGCGUUAAACGGUUGGUCCAAAUGAGCAAAGUUACGAACUAGGUUACGGACCCCGCGUAAUACUAGAAAGUUACUUGGUAUUCCUUGAAACCCAUGGACGGAUGAGAAUCAGUUAUAAUGUUGACGACGGAGCAGACCUUUUUGACGAGUACAUGUAGAGUUGUUACAUAGACGGGUUAGCCGCCAAAAGCCGAAAAAGUAGGGGCCAUUUUUAAUGUAUUGUUGAACGCCUAUUAGACUCUGUGAUCACUAAUCUUGAGUAAAAUGUUUCAUAAGUGAUGGAUGAGUGAUUUGUAGUAGGAUCGCCGAAGGAUUUUCGUUUGUUGGAAUUAAUGAUGUACUUUUUAUUAGUUUACUGCAAGCUCUCUCACAACCCAGGUAGACUGGAGGUUAAGUUAGGUGAGAGGCAAGGAAUUUCAAAUAUAGGUGGUUCGGAUAUCUCCGUUUACAUAGGAAUACGGUUUAGAGCAGGGAGUUAUAGCGGAGCUAAGGCCGGAUUUUAUGCAUGGAAAGGGGUUAAGCAUCCCCGGCUUGCAUAAACUGGGUCUUGCGUGUUAGCUGAGCGGCUCCAUCGUUGGGAGUAGUUGCUAUAUUUACGGAGA